AAAAUGGGUGUUGAAUUGAUAUUUUUAUUUUUUAAUAAGAAAAUAUGUAUUUUGUGAAAACAAUAACAUAAAUUAACAGCAAUAUAUUGUACUCUAAAAGUUGUGCUAUGAAAAGCGUUGUGAAACUAUGUGAAUGUCUGUGCUGUUGAUUUAAAAUAAAAGAUUACAGAUAAAACUUGAGUUCCUGGGGGAUUUACAAAAACAGUGCCAGAAUGUAUUUUUCUGUAGGCUGGCCGCGGGUUAUUAACUGUGACUACAAAAAUAUCCGCAAAAUCGCUUGCGAUAGAGUAAAAAUACUUUUUACGAUUCUUACGGACGACACCUUGGCAAUUUGGUAUACGAAGCCCUGUGUCCCAAUAGCUGCUAAAAUACGCGAUGCAAGCUGUUUGGAAAAGCAUGGUCACAAUACAAGUGUGGAAUGGAAACCAGACUCGAGUAUGCUGUUGGUUGUUACAGCCAGCGGAACUUUGUUUAUGUACACAUUGAUCGUAAGCGAUGCACCGAAAGGAGUUUACAAUCAAAACGACUCUCCAUUUUCCAACCUCCGACGAGACAGUGCUGAAUUAUUCUUAAAAGAGGUCAUCCCUUCAUUACGACUCACGCUGACACAUCAGUUAUCUCUGUAUGUGCCUAUAUCUUGCAUUUCCUGUAUAAAUGUUUCGCAAAUCAUGGUGGCUACCAAAAACGGGCGUGUAAUCAGGCUUAAUUGGAACGGUGCAGAAGAGCGUGAUUAUGCAUUGGAUUUGAAGAGAAUACCGUUCAGUAUCAAUCAACAAGUUAGCUACGCUGUUCCAAUACUGGAGAGUAAUACGUAUGUUGAUUCUAUUGACUAUUCGCCGUUAUUGUGUGGAUUCGCUAUUACACUAAAUGAUGGAAGAGCGGCUUUUCUCACAGCAGGAAACACCAAGUUUGAUCCUAAUCAAGUACAAGGCAUCUGGUGUCAAAAUGUGGAUGAUGCGACAUGCGCUGUGAUAAAUCACAAGUAUCGCCUGAUAGCGUUCGGCAGGCGUAAUUCACAAACUAACAUGUACGUUAUUGACGAUUUGACCGGAGGAUUGGAGUUGUCCCAUAGGUUGAUUCUAAGCGCUAAGGAUUUUCCUGGCUCACCUGGACAUGUUAGAGAAUUAAAAUGGACGCCUGAUGGAUGCGCUAUAAUGGUGUCUUGGAGCGAAGGUGGCAUAUCUUUGUGGAGUACGUUUGGCUCCUUGCUAAUGUGCUCGUUAGGCUGGGAUUACGGUCUGCACAUAGAUCUAUCGAAAAACAAUCCUUUCAAUAUUAUUAGUAUGGAUUGGUCAACUGAAGGAUACCAACUUUUUAUGGUACGUCAAUUAAAUGAGUCGAUCCUUCACACCGAUGCUGGCACUGGGUUAAAUCAAUCAGGGUCUUCUUCGUCUCUGGGUUCUGUAAGUCCAAACACUUCAGCGUGCAGUGUCAAAGAAGUCAAUGAAUCUGUACAUAAGCCGACUCUCAAACGAAGCAACAGUGCCGGCAUGAGAACAAUGCUCAUUCAAUUGGAUUUUGUUAAGAGUAUACUGACAAUCAACCCCUGUAUGAGUUACAAUUCCUAUCUUCUGCUGCAAGGAGAUGAUAAGCUAUACAUUAACCAUGGAGAUGUACUGCAAAACAUCUACCACAGUUGCAAUAUAUACAACGCCGAAGGCAAUAGAGAUACUUGCACUUCCGAAAACAUGCCAUUCACAAGGGCAUCUAAGCUUGAUCUAGAAUAUGUAAGAAAUGAAGAUGACAACAGCUCAGAAAAAUAUGUACAGGUAAACAGUAUCCUAUCCGAGAGUAAACAUUGGGUAGUUUUGAAUCUUCCAACUGCGUAUACUGCUUCAAACUGGCCGGUUAGGUACAGUGCCAUUGACUUCCUUGGAAUUAACAUAGCAGUAGCGGGUCGAACAGGAGUAGCAUUAUAUUCCUUCAAUUCUCGAAAGUGGAAGUUGUUUGGCAAUGAAACACAGGAGAAAGAUUUUGUUGUCACCGGUGGAUUACUAUGGUGGAAUGAAUUUGUUAUAAUGGGCUGUUAUUCGCUGAUAGGAUUUCAUGAUGAGCUGCGUAUUUAUUCGAAGGAAAAUAAACUGGACAACCGUUUCGCUAGUAUAACUAAAAUGAAUGCUCCAGUAAUGUUAAUUAACUUAUUCAAAGAUCAAUUGAUUGUGUUCACAGCAGACGGUCAUGUGACGAUAUUCCUGCUGGUGGAAAACGAUGAUCAUCAAGUCGAGUUGGAAAAGAUGCAUAUUUACGAUAUCAAAAAUGUGUGCAUUCACCCAGCUUGUGUAAUAUCAGUGCUGAUGACAAACUUACGAAACGAAUCUGGCACGAAAACCAAUUACGAAAGUAGUUUAUCUGAAACAUUGAUUUUGAAUGUUUCUGGUCGUGUCCUCAUGGUUCAAACCGAUCACAUAGGUAAUGCAACUUCACAACUCGCUUCAACAUGCCUGGCAUCAUCGGUGGAAUGCAUUUGGGUGUCAGAUUCGAAUAAAACUCAUAUUAAAGAAUCUCUUUGGUUGUACUGCGGUGGCCAUGGAAUGCGUGUAUGGUUGCCAGUAUUUCCGCGAAAUGGAGAGAGCGGGACACGAAGCCACAGGCACACUUUUAUGAGCAAGCGAAUCAUGCUGUCGUUCACACUGAAAAUUUAUCCCCUUGUGAUAUUGUUCGAAGAUGCAAUUAUUCUUGGAGCCGAAAAUGAUACAGUUUUGUACACAAGCGACUCAAAUGUAUAUUUCUCUUUGCCUUAUUGCUCAUUGAAAAGAACGAGUCAGGUUUACCUUCAUCAAAUCCUGCGACAAUUGAUCAGACGAAAUUUAGGGUACAAUGCAUGGGAAAUUGCACGUUGCUGUACACAUCUACCGUAUUUUCCGCAUUCGUUGGAACUUUUACUACACGAGGUAUUAGAGGAAGAAGCAACUAGCAAAGAUCCUAUACCAGACGCGCUCCUGCCGAGUGUACUAGAAUUUAUUCAAGAAUUUCCUGUAUAUCUUGAAACCGUGGUCCAGUGUGCUAGAAAAACUGAAAUCGCUUUAUGGCCCUAUCUGUUUUCAAGCGCUGGAAAGCCUAAAGAACUAUUUCAACAAUGUAUGAAUUCAAAGCAACUUCAAACUGCAGCCAGUUAUUUAAUAAUCCUUCAGAAUCUUGAACCGUCAGCAGUAAGUCGGCAGUACGCUACACUGUUGCUUGAUACGGCCUUGGAACAAAAGAAUUGGGCUUUGGCAAAGGAUCUGGUUCGUUUUCUUCGUGCUAUUGAUCCGAAUGAUGUCGAGUCACCGCGGUCAUCUUACGUCUUCGGCAGUAAAUUCGGCAUGAACACAUCCAGUCCACCUGUAGCUCCUAAUGUAGAAGAUCUAAGCCUUAUCCUGGGGAACAGUAUGACCCGAGGUAGAAGUUUCUCCACUACCGUUACACCAAAAUCGUGUGAAACGGUAAAUAAUGCAACGAUAGUUAACAAGGAGAAAAACAUUAUCUUCAAUAACUCCACCAGUGCCAGCGUGGAAACUACAUUAGUACAAAAACGAAAGAAAAGUGUGCCAAAUACUCCCAAGGAGAAUGACUCGUCAAGUGCCGAAGAUUUUUUCAUUGACGUAAUUUUGCAGCGACAUGCAAGGCGUUUUUUGCAGCAAAAAAAAUUAGAGGAUCUGGGACGUAUGAGCGCUACCCUAGACUUCCACCUUGUUGGUUGGCUUACGCGAGAAAAGGAUCGGGCCGCUCGGAUCGAAGACUUUGUGUUAGCCCUCAAGACAUUACACGAUGAAUUGGACUGGCCUAAACCAUGCCUGGAUUUAAGUCUUAUUCGAAACAGCUUAAGUCGCAAUCAACCAGAAUCGCCUGCUUCGAAUGUAUCAAAUAAAUCGACUCUAGAUGUAGGCCAACGAACGGAAGAUUCUGGCUACAAUAGUUUGACGGUGAAGAGAAUUCCCGAUAGAACUGUCGCUGAAGUUCAGGAUAGUUCCAAAACGCUUAUCGAUCCCUUAGUGGCUAUGACAAUUGAAAAGUUAGAAAGUGUGGUAAAGGAUGAAAAAGAACUAUCACUAAUUGAUACUAAAGAAGCGAAUCUUGCUCCAAUGAACGAUAAUAUUAGUAUACAAUCGGAUCAUGUAGCUAACUGGGCGGACGAUGGGUGUAAUUCUUUGAAUCUAGAAAUUGAACAUAGUUUUAAUCGAGCAAUGGAAAACAUUUCCAAAAACAACAACAUUACUGAACACGAUCAACAUAAGCUAGAGAUAAAAAUGCGCUAUUUGUUGCAAAUUUUCACCGAAGCUAAUUGCUACGAAUUUUCAUUGUUACUAUCCGUCUUAUUAUUGGAUGUUGCUUCCGUUGGUCGAAUAACAAAUGCAGCUAUAAGAUCGAAGUCUUUGGUUGUGUGUCGUCAACUGCGAAAUGGGCUCAAGGAUUUGACAAGGUGGAGUUUUAACGAAUGCUUAGGUUAUCGACCUUUCAUGAUAGCUCUGCAACCUCAAUUAGCUAUAUUAGAUAAAUUUGUAAUUCAACAAGAAUCAAUUCCAUCCAUUAGUGCUACAAUUAACACCAGUGUGCAAUAUAAACUCCCUAUUGUAGCCAGCCAUACGGACCUAGGGGUCAUCUCAGAAGUUGGUUCUACCUCUGUACAUUCCGCAAAUACAGACACCAGCUCCUGUGUUCGGACAACCAGCUUGACGCGGAAUAAAACGGAAGGUCGGACCCGUCACCUACUGGAAAAGAAGAGCAAUACCGUACUGGAAAUUAGUUACAAUAAGCGAGAUAGGUUGGCUGCAGUUGGAACUGCUGGAAAUACGAGUAGUUCAGCUAUGAAUGUACACAGGCAUCCUGCAAGUUUCGUAAGGUCUGUUUCGGAUUUAGAGGUAGAUAACAUACGCAAAAUGACGUCAGGAAAGAAUGCAGUGGAUGGCUUGGCAACUCCGACAACAAUAAGCGAAGAAUCCGAACGGAAUUCCGGUUGCGUACUGAUGUAAUUAACAGAAUUAACAAAAAAAGUCUAGUGCUCUAUUUAUUUGUAAUUUUACGUAGAAAAAUAGGUCACUGUUUACACUUCCACUCAAAAAAAUUCCAACUGUACUCACAAAUACAAAACUAAUAAAGA